AUGGCCGCCGCCGCCCCAGCUCGCCAGGCCGGGUUCCGCCGUGGCUGCCGCCCGCCGUUGCCUGAUCCGCGCGCCGUCGUCCGCCCGCGGCCGCGCUCCGCGCCGCCACCCGACGCACUCCGCCUACGGCCGCCGCCGCCUGUGCUCGCCUUGGGCCCGCGCGCUGCUCGCCAAGAGGCCUUUUUCAAGUGCCUCGCAAAAUCCAGAAUUGUAGUAGUGGGCUUGCCACUGGUGAUUAUUACUAUAUCUAGCAUGUUAGCUGAUAAGCAUGCAAAAUGUGAAUGGGAUAGGGUGUUGCAUGAUAUUGGAUCCACACUUGCAAAAAAUACUGGUGCCGAGAAGAUGACAGCUAUAUUAUCUAUGAGUUACUUUGAUAUUGCUCAUCAUUUAAGAACUUGUUUGUUGUAUUUGAGUGUGUUCCUAGAAGAGUAUGAGAUCGAGAAACAAUGUUUGAUCAACAGAUGGAUUGCAGAAGGGUUCAUUCAUAAGGAAGAAGGGCGAACGAAAUAUGAAAUUGGUGAGGAUUAUUUUAAUGAUCUCAUCAAUAGAAGCAUGAUCCAACCUGUUAAUGUAAAGUAUGGGCAGGCAAAGGCAUGCCGAGUUCAUGACAUCAUUCUUGACUACAUCAAAUGCAUGGCUGCUGAAAAGAAUUUUGUAACUCUAUACAAUGGUGCACAGCAUGUAUUCUCUACAAAACGCAAGGUUCGCAGGCUUUGCGUAAGCAAUCACACCGGAUUAUAUGCUACUAUAUGGGAAGACACCGGAGAAAAUGUUACUAUAUGGGAAGACCUGAUGUUAUCUCACGUCCGAUCAGUUACUAUAUUUGCGGAGCCCGUGAAAACCAGUUUGUUGCCUUCCACUGCUCUUCGUGUGUUGGAUCUUGGAGGUUGCCGGGGCAUACAAGACCAUCAUCUUGCAAGUAUUGAUACUCUGUUUCAUCUCAAGUACUUGCGUCUCUCCUCACGUUCAAUAACUAAGCUGCCAGAGAAAAUAGGAGAACUGCAAUAUCUGCAAACCCUGGAUGUACGAGGUACCAGAAUUAAAGAGCUUCCAUCCACUAUCACCAAACUACAACGACUGUCACAUUUAUAUGCUGACUGGGACAUUAGAUUUCCAGAUGGAGUGAUCGGGCAGAUGCACAGCUUAGAAGAGAUGAGGGAGUAUGGAGUCGAAUCCUACGAACAAGGGAAGUCUCUGCAAGAAUUCAAUAAACUAACCAAGCUGAGGACAUUAAAAAUUAAAUUGGAUUUUGAUUCACGCAAAGACUUGGAAAGACCAAGGCAAGCUGAGGGCUCUCACACUUAUGUGGGAAUCUUAGUAUCUUCAUGCAACCUUUAUAAUCUAUAUAUCACGGAGGCCCCUGUGGAAAACAUGUACCCAAUGUCGCUGGAUUCAUGGCACCCCACUGCUCCCUGUAGCCUCCAGAAGCUCUGCUUAGAAGGAUGCGUCAUCUGUAAGGUGCCAAAUUGGAUGGCAUCGCUUGGGAAUCUCGUGGUGCUAAAACUGCGGUAUAUCCUCUGUUUGAGACCAGAGGAUGUGGAGAUCCUUGGAGCAAUACCCAGUUUACUUUUUCUCUUACUAGCAACUGCCGGAGGCACCAACGGAAGGAUCACCGUCCAUGGUAGAAACGGAUUCAGAUGUCUGAAAUAUUUAUACCUGGAUUUUUUUCGUUGUGGGACCGCGCUGGAGUUUCAAGUGGGAUCAAUGCCAAAGCUUGAGCAUGUGAAGCUCAAACUCCGUAUGCAUAAGAGGGAGUGCCUGAAUGGUGCUUCUGAUUUGGGCAUCCAGCACCUCUCCGCUCUCAGCAAGGUUGAGGUUGAAAUUCGGGGCAACUGCAUGCGUGACAGCAACUAUGAUCCAACGGAAGAAAAGAAAGAUGACGCUGUCAGAUGGGUUGCAAGCGCCAUUAAUAGUGCCAUCAUGACACAUCCCAACAGUCUCACUAUCAGAUUUGAAACAUGGCGCGAUGACUACUGUGAACGGUUCGAAUGUCUUUUGAGGAGAUUGAAUCAACGGACGGGGGGGUCUAUUGACUGAGUGGCUCAAAAUUUGGCAAAUUGAAGAGGAGCAGGAACAGAUGGAUAGACCGAACAAGAGAUGACGAGGAGCAGGCUAGUGCAAAGGAAGGAGAGGAUGAAACUGAUAAUAAAGAGGAAGAAGAUACCUGUGAAGAGGAAGGAGAGGAGCAAACUGAUGAAGAGAAGGAACUAGAGCAACGAGAGGGCAACUAGAACCCCGCAUGAGUUUGUUGUGGCCUUGUGGGUGCUACCUGCAUCGGGUCUCGGUGGAAAGAGACCCGAUGGCAAGAGACAUGGUGCUUCCUGUUGGCAUGCUGCACGCUCCGUUGGUGGUUAACUACUUGCACAAUUUAGUGAGAGUCACCGUUCUGUUCAUCUCUCUGGAUUAUUUCUUUCCUUGUGCGUGUAUGCUGUUAGUUUUGAACUUAUGUGAAGGCAUUUGGCUGUGUUUUUUUUUGGUAAUUAAGACAUUUAGCUGUUGAGGUGCCUGCUGUUGAAAUACGGUUCUUCAACGGUUCCGCAACAGAGGUUACUGCUUCUAUUUCUGCUCCACGCUGCUGCACUGAAUUCUCUGCUUUCGGUCGGUUUGUAUUGGUUGCAAAACUAAUUCAUCUGCUUGGAGCAACGGCUGGGCUUCAUUAUGCUGUUC